UUUGAGCAUGGAGUUAACUGCCGAACUUGAAGCUGCCGUUUGGUAUUCGACAAUACUACUUCUCAAGUUAGCAACAGCUGGUCUGUUGACUGCAUCUUCUCGCUUCAGAAGGAAUGUCUUUGCAAAUGAAGAAGAUGUUGUUGGUAACGAAGGUGCUCAACUGAAACACACGGAUGUUGUUGUUGAAAGAUACAGAAGAGCUCAUCUGAACGACAUGGAAAACAUAAUCCCUUUCAUUGGACUGAUCUUUGUCUACGCUAUUUCUGGUGCUGGUGAUGCUGGCUGUGUCACUCUUGUCUCCCAGAUUUUCACUGCUGCCAGAUGUAUCCACACUGUUGUCUACAUUGGACAAGUUCGUCAACCUGCUCGAGCUCUUUCAUUCAUGGUUGGGAUGGUCUGCAAUGUUUACAUGGCAGUGAAGGUCCUACUUCACCUUUACUAGGGUCUAGGUUGUUUCAAUGGAAAUUGGACAUUUUAUCAGCGUGGAAUGAAAUGGAUUUUUAUUGAAAUGUUAUAAUAUUAUAUCAAUCUAACGGAAUGAUAUAAUUUUGGGCAUUGGUGACGGAUUUUUUAGAAAUAAUAGAUUUCAAUUUUAUGCAUGAUUUUUGUUAGUUUUUUAGAUUUAAACUUUAAUAAACCCAUCUCUUUUGAUAUUUUAAUCUCUUAUAUUAUCUUUUAAAAUUAGAAUAGGAUUAUUGAGUAAUUUUAAUUAGCUUUUGAUUUACUGGUA